GCACACAGCAUCGUGCUGCCAGGACACAGUGAGCUAAUGGUAACAAGACUUUCUGAUUGGGAACUAGGCGAGACAAAGAUGGCCGAUUAGACAAAUUCUACCAGCUCAGCCUAAAGAUGGAUCAGUGUUUGUUCUUGGUUGGAUAAGCUGUAACAUACUCUCUAAUCCUGUUAGAACUAGAAUGAAGUUUAAAAAGGCAACACCGAUAGUUGUGAGCCUGUUGUUGGCUCUGGCUAGCCUGACUACUGUAGUUGGUUCCCUCCCUUGUGACAACCCUAACCCGAUCGAAGAGAAAGCUUACGUUGGAGCAUACGAGAUUUACUUCCCAGAUACGCAGACCAACAGUUUUUUUCAGCCAGCCCAGUGUCGCUGGAAAAUCUUAGCGUACCGGAAUGAUUACGUCAUUAACUUGGAGUUUUCAGACGUAAACUUGACCCAUGGAGAUUUUCUGAACUCCUGCAGCGAAAGAAUUACUGUAUACGAUGGUCCUGAUGUCACAGAUUUGGUGCUGGCUGACUUCUGUGGUUUGAGGAGCCCUUCCAUCGUGACAUCAUCUCGCGAGACUCUCGUCGUGUUUCGAUCUAACGAGAGCACGGUGACCACUGGACGGUUUCGUCUCAAGUACAAGGCCAUCAGGGAUAAAGUAAACGACGAUGAUUCUAGUCAAGUGCUUCGGAUAGCUUUCGGCGGAUUUAUCGGCGCUGUGGCCUUCGUGAUAAUUUGUAGCGGGGCCAUACAACGUUAUAAAUAUGGAAGGUCCAACGGGCCAGUCUUCUUGUUCUUUGGACGACAUCGCGUGGACACUACUGCCAUGGCCUCGACAGCUGGCUCCAGACACGCAGGCGGCUGCCCAUCGACAAGAAGAAGAACAGCCAAUGAACCAGCUCCGCAAGAAGCGGAAAGUGCGUCUUUAAGAAACAGGGUUGCCGGGUUCUUCCAUUGCAUAGUUAUCAAGCUAUACCCCGGACGACUUGACAGCGAAUCCUCCAGUUCCGAUUCCAGCGGGGACAGCUCCAGCUUACACCAUGGCCCACGCUCGUCCUUUCGCUUCGGUCGCAGGCAGGCCAGCAUCACAAGCUGCAGCGAAGCUACCCACGUAUCUCAGGGGAGGAGAGGCAGCAGUAGUAACAACUAUGAGUUUGACCCUCAGGUGAUGCCCCACUUAACCAUGGACGGGCACGAGAGCUUCGGGUACAGUACGAUUCCUGUUGGGAACUUUACUUCAGAUCCUUCGGCAGUAAAGCCACCUACGUAUGAAGACAGUGUCAACAGCGUAAAUCCUUUAUACCUUCAAUCCAGUGGUCAGGCUUUUUACAACCGUGCUUUCGAUCUCAAGGACGAAGGCCAGGGCACCCAUGAAGUUUUUCCCCCACCACCGCCUUACUCCGAAGUAAACUUGCAGAGUGGCUCUGAUUCUUUGUUGGGGACAAGAGGAAACAACUGCAUCUUGGAAGCUACUAGGACCCCAUUGACGGGAGAGCAAAGCUGCAAUGAUCGAUUCCUAUCCACUCAUUCUAUAUCCCAGGCAAAUGCCAUGACUGGAGAUUCCCUGACACCCGUUUCCCUCACACAAGAGAAUGAACAGCUUGAUCCAGUGUUAAGAUCAGGCGCAACAUGUAGCGCCCCUGUUGUGGUGGAUGUUCUUCAAAUGUCAAGCAUCGAAAAGCAAAAUUCUUUCAUUGCCCAUGACAGUACUCUUAGCUCCAAAGAUCACAAAACAAUCGACCCUGUCAGCAAUGAUGAGCUCUUGCAUCCGAACCAAACCAUUUCAUCCUCAGCACCCAUGGAGCUUUUUCGUAGAUCUGGCUUAAUAUCUACCUUAGCUAUUGACAGACCAACCCAAAGUGCAACGCAAGAAAUGGAUCCUUCUAAAGAUCCGUUGGGGAAAAAGCUAGAACUCCAGACGUGCAGCGAACAAAGGGCAGACUCUAUUCCUAAAUGUUCUGAUACAGGCACUGAACAGAUAAGCCUUGCACCAUCUUUCCGACAGGGAGAUGAGUGUGUGGAUCAACCACACGUCUCCGCUUCUGCUUCUGUCAACAAUAGUCGCCAAAACGAGCUCAUUAAUUCGGAGAUCAACGCAAUUACAGCCACGUCACUUCCUGGAGAUGGUUUGCGAAUUGAAGAUUUAGACUAUAGUAGCCGCGAAGAAAAUGUUUGAGCAUUGAAUAGACAGAACAUGAGUUACAGUAGUUGAAUACGCUUCAACGUCUUUACAAGAAUAUAUCUUCGGUUGAACACAAGCAGCUGAAAUGCAGGCAUACACAUUUCUUUUUCUUCUUCUUUUUUUUAUUUUUAUACCAAACUAUUUCUACCUUUUAUGAUCAUUUUAACGAUCUUGAAUUGUAUAAAUGUGUUACUUAUUUAUCAAAUCUACUUGUCUAAUGAAAAAUUUCAUAACAUUAGAAAAAAAAAAGCUAUAAAUAGCAAACUCCCGGUAUUCAUAAUACAGAAGUGGACGUAAUCAUCUUCUUUUAGAAGUAACGUCUAUAUUUUAUAAGAUAUGAUAAUUUAUUAUUAUUAUUUUUACAUUUUAGCUCUGUAGAAUCAAAUUAAUGGUCAAAAUGUACACAAAGAUUACUGUAUUGACUGUGAUAAAACGUUUGUAUGAUUAUCUCCAAUUUACUUAUUGUUAAUGAAGCGUUUCAAAGAUAAUGUACUUUAGUGACUAUCCCACCCAAUAAGUCAAUAAUUGUAAUCUGUAAUGUGAUUAAACUAUAGAGUUUUAAGUGUCUCGCACUCUAAUGGUCAACUGCUGACCAGGGAAAGUCAGGAUAUCUUAGUUAAGUGAAACAAAUAUUUGCAAAUGUGUUAAGUGCAAGGAAAGGAUGGGCGCUGGAGGAAACAGUUCAAGAUAAAUGAAGCUUAAUGACAUUCCAGGAGCAGCGACAAUCUGAAUGUCCCACGGGACAGGGAGGUACAUCUGCAGUAAGGCAGCCGGUGCAAAUGGAACGGCUAGUAAUGCCACUUGAGCUUGGCGGUGAAGGAGACAGCGUUUCGUGGGUGGACACAAAUGUCGUGGUUACUAAAGAAGAAACAGCGAACAGGUUAGUGCUUAACUUAUCGGACAUAAAGCUGACGAAGAUGUCUGUAGGCCUACUUUGUCAGUGAAAUACCGUACGGUGAAUGGUUUACAUUUAUAACUUUUGCCAAAAUACAUAUAGCCUAUAUAUGACCUGUAUAUAAGUAAUAAUUGCACAAUUAAUCUUGUUUAUUGUUGAUUUGACUGAUAUUAUACAUUUCUUUGUGAUACAGAUAUCAUAGGUUACAGAAACCAUUCCAAAUAAGUCUGUGAUUCAAAUUGUGAAUUUGUUUACAUGUGUAAAGUAAAAUGAAUGGCUUUUCUAAUUUAAAAAAAAAAAAUAUUUUUGUUAUGUUCAUUUUUUACAAAGCUUAUAUUCACUCUCUCUGUCUGUCUGGUAAAAAAUUUGAACAUAUUUUUAAAAUCAUAUUUCCCAUUCUCGGAUCAAAUUAAAAUUGUGUAUGAUUAUUCAUUGAACCUGAACAAGACAUGAAUCAGUAAAUGUGACUAAUUUGUUAAUAAAUUGUUGGUGAUUAAUUAUUUUUGUUCAUAUCGAAAUAAGUGAAAAAAAUACUACUUAAUGAGGAAUUAAUUAAUACUAAAUAAUUAUACGAUAUAUAUGGAUUUAGUCUCCUUAUUAAGUUUGAAAAUUUCCCACUUCCCGUUCUCGGAUCAAGUAGAAAUUUUGCAUAAUUAUUCAUAGUCGAUAACAAUGCACGAAUCAAUCUAAAAAUUAACUAAUUAGUUUAUUAUUUAGUACUUAUUAAUUUAGGACUAAGUAGUUUUGUUAUAAUGUCUUUUUUUUUACAAAGCUUAUAUCAUUUUUUCCUCCUGUGAGGAAGGGGGCUAAACCCUGUCAUUUUCAUAUAAGUGGUAGUAAUUAUUGGUUAUUUCCCCUUACAUAAGCUUUGGUUUUUAAAAAAAAUAUUAAAAUUCCUUGUUAUAAUAAUAUUUUUUUUCGUUGUAAAAGUAAAUUGAUAAAAAGAAGUACAGCUUCUUAUGAUGUCUUUCCUUUCAUUCCUAAAUAUAAACCAUAAAGAAAAGCAGACACAUUAGUUAACAUUUGUGAAAAAAAAAAGUCCGCAUUGGACACUCUAUCUGGUAAUCUUAUUAUGUGGUCUUUAGAGGGACCAAUGCUGACUCUCAACUAAGUGUUUUGGUCCACUGUUAUUCUCAACAUUUUUGUAAAAGAUAGACCGUACUAUCAUCCGCCCAUGUUUCUUUUCCCUCUCUUUCUUCCACCUGGUUCUAUUUCAUGUAGGAUAUUUCUUGAAAUACCGUUUGCACCUGAACAAGUUUUCAUACCAUGCAUAUGCCUAAAUGUAAUAUUUUUGGCUUUGUCAAGUUAGUCAAAUUGUGUCUAUUCUGUAUUUAUUAUUUUUUUUAUAGACAUUCUUGUUAGAUGGUUUUUGUAGGACAUGCUUUAUAUUCUUUUUGAAAGACUACCAAGGACUUUCCCCUAAACAAGAUUUUUUUCUUACUAAAGUCAAAUGCUAUUUGGGUGUUUAAAACUUCUAUGUUAAUAUUGUUGAACAAUGACAGAAUUAAAAGCUAGGCACUGUACUUUAUAGUCCCAAUGGGGAUUUUCAGAAUAGGCUAACCUUUUGGUGUAUCCGGUGUAAAGAAUACGGAAUAGUUUUAAAAGCUGUUACUUUUAUAGACAUGUAAAUCUCUAUCGAGGAUCCAAUAAAUAUAAUAAUAUAUAACUUUUUAGCCCUGCAAUCGAAUAUGUUAGCUCUUUUAGCAGCUUUUACUUGUAGCACGAAGUUAGUUGGCAACAGUGACGAAGCAAUAAAAUUUGCUGGGUAGAGUUUAUUUCAAUCUUCAAAUUUUUUUUUCGUAAUCGCUUUCGAUCUGCCUAUUUUGAUGUUUUUCUUUUAGGGUCCAUUUUAUUACAUCUACGUUUAUGAAUUUCACUUCCGUAUCUCUCUCGUUGUAUUUAAUUGAUUAUAGAGAUGUCUUUAAUGUAAAGGAAAUCAAAAUGUAAAUACAUGUGUAUAGAAAGUUAUUGUGAUUAACUAAAUUACUACAAUUCCCUUUUAGUGGAAUAUCGAUUUUUCCAUUUUAAAUGUAGACCUACUUAUUGGCUAUUUCCUCUAGACAAGAUUCUGUGUGGAAUGCUUCACUUUUAGUCUCUAUAUAAUUGUACAUGUGCACUUUUAAACUCAUUUUCAAACCAUUAUAUUGUAGGCCCUACGAUAUAUUGUCAUUAAAUACCUUUUUUUUAAAUU